CUUGGAGCUGCUGCCGUAAGAGCAGCAAAAGCUGUGGGAUAUGUUGGAGCAGGAACUGUUGAAUUUAUACUUGAUAAAAAGUCUCAUGCUUUUCAUUUCAUGGAAAUGAACACUAGAUUGCAGGUUGAACAUCCCAUUACUGAAUAUAUAACAGGGACUGACCUUGUUGAAUGGCAGCUUCGAAUAGCAGGUGGAGAACCAUUGCCAGUAACACAAGAGGAUAUUACGUUAUCAGGUCAUGCUUUUGAAGCACGUAUUUAUGCUGAAGAUCCCAGAGGAGGAUUUUUGCCUGGAGCAGGACCAUUGAGACAUCUUCGGCCCCCACAGACUGCAACAGAUGUUCGUGUUGAAACAGGUGUUCGAGAAGGUGAUGAAGUAUCCAUUCAUUACGAUCCUAUGAUUGCUAAAUUAGUUGUUUGGGGAGAAGAUAGAACCCAAGCUCUUACCAAACUCAAAGCUAAAUUGACAGAUUAUCAUAUUAUGGGAUUAGAAACAAAUGUAAAUUUCUUGCUUGAUCUUGCAAGUCAUCCAAAUUUUGCUGCAGGAGAUGUACAUACUGGUUUCAUAGAUGAACAUAGAGAAUCUCUGUUCCCACCAUUACUUGCUGAUGAGACGAGCAUCGGUCAAGCAAUCAUGGGCUUGAUUUUAAAUGAGAGAGUAAGCAAUGUAAAAAAUGCUUAUUCUACUAAAAAGAUGGACUCACCAUAUUUUCAAGAAAUGGGAUUCAGAUUGAAUCACUCUUUGGAAAGGACAAUUAAAUUAACUCACAAUGAUAAAGAUAUUACUGUGCAAUUACAGCAAGUCUCAUCAAAUGUAUUCCAAAUGAAAGUUGGGCCUGAAGGGCAGUGGCGUACAAUGAAAGCAGUUCUCACUGAAAAGGGAGGUGGUGCUUUAAAACUGACUUUAGACGGUGUUAUUAGUAAUUGCAGUGUUGUCAUGGAUCAUGAUAUUUUAUCUGUAUUCGAUGUGGGUGGCCGAAAGGAUUUUAAAUUACAUGUACCCAAAUUUAUAACCAGUGCAGGAGACGGUGGCAGUGGAGGUAGUGCAGGGGCUGCUGUUUCUCCAAUGCCAGGUGUUCUGGAAAAGCUUUUUGUUAGUCCAGGUGAUAAAGUUGAGAAAGGUACUCCACUUGCAGUUAUCAUUGCAAUGAAAAUGGAGCAUGUAAUCAAGGCUUCAAAGGAUGGUACUGUGGCUUCUGUGAAUUCCAACUUGGGCAAAAGUGUACAAAAAGGAGCUACCAUUGUGAAAUUUGAAGAAGAUGCUAAAUGAUGCAGGUGAAAUAGAUUUAAUUAUAUCAACAAUUAGAAGAAAAAACGUUUUUCUUUUUACUACAUUUUUAAGUCUUCGUAUUUUUUCAAAAUAUCAGACCUGUUAUGUCGGUUUUAGACCUAAAGCUAAAUUUCUAAAAGUGCAAAGAAAUUUAAUUUUUCUAUAACUCAACAAUACAUUUUUAAAAUCGGAUUGAAAUGUGAUUGUGGUAUAAUUCUAUCUAUAAAAUUUUAUUAUCAUAACAUUCCAUA